AUGGGAAUUCCCGAGCUCUCUGGCCCUGCUGAGCUAUACUACGACGAAGAGACCUCGGCAAAAUACACGCAGAACAGUAGGAUCGUUUACAUCCAAAGAGAGCUGACUGAAAGGUGUCUUGAGCUGCUCGAGGCGAAGGACGGGGGGUUGCUGCUGGACAUUGGAUGUGGAUCUGGUCUUAGUGGGUCUGUUCUCACUGAGAACGGCUACCCGUGGGUCGGAAUUGACAUAAGCACGGAAAUGCUGAGGCUAGGAAUAGAAAAAGGAGAGGGGCUUGGAUACAUAAGAAUGGAUAUGGGGAGAGGGUUGGUGUUUCAGCCGGGAACCUUUGAUGGUGUUGUGAGUGUCAGUGCAAUCCAGUGGCUGUUUCAUUCUUAUUCAUCUGACGAGCAUCCUAUUCGUAGGAUUAGAACGUUCUUUACGACGCUCUACUCUGUGUGCAAGCCCGAUGCCAAGUGUGUACUCCAGUUUUACCUUAAGAACCAGAGCCAGGUUGAGAUGCUGAAGAAUGAAGCGAUUAGAGCAGGGUUUGAUGGAGGGAUCCAAGUAGACAACGAAGGGACUCGGAAUGUCAAAAGCUUUUUGGUGCUCACGUCUGGAAAGGGAACAGGAAGGAAGAGAGAGAGGAAGAAAAAAAGAAAGGGGAGAAUAGAUGAAAUCCUGAAAAGGAAGGAAAAGUUAAGGCUUAGGGGUGUUGAGGUGCCGAGGGAUACUAAGUACACUGGCCGGAGAAGAUCGAGAAGAUAA